AUGGCUACGUGGGUUAACCAGAGUGUGGGUUCCUUGGUAAUCAAUGCUGUAGUUGGAGACGACAACGACCAGCCGCCCAUAUUUGAGAAAAGCACUUACAGGCUCAGUGUUGUUGAAGGUGCAGCAGGUAUCGGCCAGAGUCUAGUGAUCAGCGCUCACGACAAUGACAUUGGAGACAAUGCCCGCCUCACUUACAGCCUCCAGACAGGGAAUGAAAACAACUCAUUUAGCAUUUCGACAAUAAACUCCUCAAAGGCUGUGGUUCGUGUGGAGAAACCUUUGGACCGAGAGCGCGUGUCCUCAAUGCGCUUGGAGGUCAUUGCGAAGGACGGAGGUCAAAAGUCUUUAACCGGGACAUGUACCAUUGAGGUAACGAUUGAAGACAUCAACGACAACGCCCCACGUUUUGUGAGCAGCGUCUACAACGCCGUGAUAAGUGAGGACGCCACCAACAACACGCGCCUCUCUCUGGUUCCCAGUCUACAGGUCAUAGACGAAGACGCAGGAACCAACGGAAGUAGCGGUGUUGUCUACAGCCUGGAGACCGGAAGUGGUUUGCCUUUUUACGUGGAUUCGAUCACAGGUGAUAUCCAUGUUCUCUUCACCUUGGACUAUCAGCAUCUGGACUGGGAGAAAAUAUCCAGCUAUAUCCUGAAGCUGGUUGCAACUGACGACCGCGGUCAAGGACUAAGCGGCACGACCAUCGUCAACAUCACCGUCAACAACAUCAACGACAAGACGCCGGAGUUCACGACCCCACAUUACCAGUGGCACGUCAACGAGGCUGCUCCCCUCGGCUAUGUCUUCGGCUACGUCAACGCCACAGACGGCGACAGCGACCCCAGCCUUCUGCGGUACUACAUCUACAGCGGCGGCCAGGGCAAGUUCUAUCUCGACCCUCUGUCAGGUGCGAUGAUGGUGUCUGGCUUACUGGACAGAGAGACAACAGAGGGAUAUGAUCUCAAGUUAGAAGUCUAUGACAGUCAGCUGCGAGGAAACGCAACGGCAACGGUCACUGUAGACGACGCCAACGACAACUGCCCGGUGUUUCAGCACGCUGCUCCGCUGGUGAUGUACGUCAGUGAAGGUGUGGCGCAGAUCGACAUCCUCAACCUGACGGCGUCAGACAUCGAUAUCGGCGACAACGGCAACGUGUCUUACUUUAUCAAUGACACAGACGUGUCUCGGUCAGUGACUGUCUUUCCAAACGGCACCAUGUACCUGGUGUACGAACUGGACCACGAGAAGAAAGAUCAGAGUGUCCUGAACUUUCUCGUGUGGGCGCGAGACGCCGGCAGUCCUCCGUGUGCAACUUCCCUCCCUGUGCGACUGGUCGUGCUUGAUGUCAACGAUAACAGCCCGGAAGUGUGCAAGGUAUCCCAGAGCCAGGAUCUCGAAUGUUCCAACAAACUGAUGUUGAGAACUGUCAGCGGAUCGCCGGCAGGCACGUUUCUGGCAGUGCUCAAAGUUCACGACUGGGACGAGAGCGACGAGGGCAACACUUCGCUGCAGUUCACGAAAGACGAGGCCAACCUGUUUGCCUUUGACCCGCUGACAGGCGUGCUGACGCUGGCCAAAGCCCUCCACCUUGCAGACCUGGCGGCCAGAGGCCUGCUGGAUGCUGACAACACAACCUACAGAGCAGAAGUUCUGGCCUUCGACAGUGGCGCCCCUCUUCAGAGGAACACUUCUGCUGAGCUGUUGUUGCAUAUAUUUCCACAGGCACCGUCCACACCGGUCUUCCUCGCUCCUGUCUUCAAUUUUUCAGUGCCCGAGAACUCAGCUAACGUCGAGGUCGGCAGGGUCAAGGCUACCAGCGGUUCAGAGGGAGCGAAUAUUUCUUACAGUGUUCUCGAUUCUGAAUUUUUCGCUGUGAACAGAGACGGUGUCAUAACAACGAAACGCCCCCUGGACAGGGAGAGCAUGGACCAACUGGCAUUUCUGGUGCUGGCCUCGAGCGGACCUGCGCCGUCGGACACCGCGUCAGCUGUGGUCCUCGUCACUGUUCUCGACGAGAACGAUAAUCCACCCUUGUUUUCGUCAUCGGAGUAUGACGUUACCGUCAAAGAAAACAUCGCAAACGUCACCAUCCUGCAAUUACAGGCGACGGACAAGGACUCGGGUGUAAACGGCCAUCUGACAUUUACCCUUCUCAACGCCUCGCUCGAAAAAUAUUUUCACCUGGAGGAGAGCACUGGGCUUUUACUCCUGCACGCUCCGCUAGACCGUGAAGCCCAGGCUACCUACACUUUCGAUGUUCAGUGGACUGAUGUCAACGACUGUCCUCCGGUUUUUUCCAGCAACGCCUACACUACUACUCUGGAUAAAAAUUCCCCGGCUGCGUAUGAGGUCCUGAACGUGACUGCUCGAGACCCGGAUGAAGGUCUCAACGGUCAAGUAGUUUACGAGCUCAAGCAGAGGGACCCAGUGACUGCAUUGUUUUACAUCAACGAAUUAACGGGAACUAUUUACAACUCGCGCAAACUGGACAUCGAGGACGGUCAGCAAGUGUACAACCUGAGCGUCAUCGCGCACGACCUUGGCACUCCGUCCUUGACGACCGAGGUCUCGGUGACGAUUUACGUCAACAACCUUUCUGACGUCACUCCGCAGUUGACGGUGGAUCCCAGACAAGUCUUCUUGGUGCUCGGCACACCCUCCAACUUUCUGGUGCCGGUCAAUAUCUCCGCGGGCUUCGGAAAUGUUACCUUUGCUAUUUCAAGUGGAAACGAUGAAAACUUGUUCUCCAUCGAUUCAAUCAAAGGAGAGCUCCGCGUGACGUCGGAGCUGAUAGGUCAAGGCCAGUACAUUCUCACCAUCAAAGCGACCAAUCAAGAAGCUCCACAAUACUUUGCUACUGCCGAGCUCCGCGUGACUGUGACGUCAGUGCAGCUGGAGCAGGAGACGUAUGCUGCGGUGAUAGUGGAGAACACCGUGCCACCUGUCUUACUCGUCGACAUCCACAGCAACGCCGAGCGCGCUGGUGUGCCUGUCGUGUACUCUAUUAACACCUAUACAGAUUUCUUCUACAUCUUGCCGGAGUCGGGACGGCUGUACUGCAACAGGUCUCUGGACAGAGAACGAAUGAAUGAAUAUGUCAUCCACGUCACAGUGGAGCUCAAGAACAGCCUUCCGGCCAGACAGAAGAGAGACCUGGGAAGCGGAGGUGAUGUUGUUGUCAUCGUCAAGGACGUUAACGACAACCCGCCAGAGUUCAACCUCACGAACCAGGUUUUUGGCAUCCUGCGCUCCGCUCCUGCCUUAACCCUCGUCACCACCCUAAAGGCGCAAGAUCCCGACGACAACAAAGAUGUCGUUGUCUAUGAUGUCGCUAGUGGAGACAGAGACAUCUUCCUAGUGACCUCGGAAGGACAAGUCAUCACACUGGUGCCCAUGAACAGUGUCACGAAAAGUUCCUUUAUUCUGGUAGUCAAGGCAACCGACAAACAAGGGAGUGGACUGUCCACAACAUCGUCCAUAAAAAUUUUGGUGCUUUCAAAUGCGGAGCGUUUUGGACUGGUCGCAAACAUGCCUCUGGCAACUUUCAUUGAAAAGCAGAACUAUAUUCUUAGGAACCUGUCAGACAUCCUGGGCCUGGACGUGCAGCUUGAGAAGAUAGAACCACACCAGGGCGACACAGUGGAUGAUAGCAAGUCUGAUAUUUAUUUCUACGCCUUUGAUGCCAAUGAUACCGCAGUUCCGUUUGAUGUUGUACAACAACGAGUGUUGGCCAACUCUGAACCUGUCAAGUGGCUGCUAAACGGCUUGGAGCUGCUCCAGGUCACUGAUGCCCCCGCAAAGGUCAAGGUGGAAAUUCGUUACGAGGUGGGAGCAGUGGAAAUCGCCCUCUUGGUCGUCUCGGGCAUCAUCUUCUUCGCCUGCUUCGUGGCCAUCCUCAUCGUCUGCCGGUCGUGGCGCAAACAAAAGGAACUGCAGGCUCGGGAAGAGGCUGCCACCAAAGCCAGACAGCGCCUGGAGCGGGAGAACAGCCAGCGGACCGACGUGACGCAUGACGAUGCCGACCCUGAGGAGCCUCUGGAGCUGUACCGGCAACCCGGACGGCUUGACCUCGAGGACCAGGAGUGCGUGAUGUACUUGGGGCUGGAGGAAAAUGGUGUAAACAGCCCUCGCCAGCCCCAGACAGGGUUACCGGGGUCUCUGCUGGAGCCCGACCUUCUACAGACGGUGUUUGACGGCUUUCAGAAUCAGACACCACCACAGGACACUGCGGCGGACUCCGGCAUCGACCAGCGGUCCGGAUCCGACAACGACGGCGGUUCCGUCUCCUCCCUGGAUGUCCAGCAGCAGCAGCAGCAGCAGCAGCAGGGGCCUGCAGGCAACACACACCAGGUCUCUGACAGCCCAGCUGUCGGCGAGAGCCACACAAAGGUUAGCCCUAAGAAGGUGUCGUUCCAAACGAACAUCGGCGCGGAAGUAUAUGCGUCUUGUGAAGGCGCAGGUGUACAUGACAAAGAUGAAACAGGCAAAGACUUUUCGGGACUUCCGGUGACAAGAGAGCCUCGUGACCCCAGCGUGGACUAUGAGAACGCCGACGACGAUUACGAUGAUUUGGGCUUGCCCACUCACCCGAUGGUCACACAGUUCUGAGGCUGAUGAUGGACAAUGCCGCUGAGGAAAGUAUAUAUUAAAUACGGUCACAGCAAUGCCAGUGAUAGAGUUUGCCGCUAUUUACGUGCAAAAAUAUAAAAUAUAAACACAAACAGGCCUUAAUCCUUUGCUUGUUAAAUACAUUAACAGUUUUCCACCCGUCGAGUGUUGAGAACAGUUCUUGGGAUUUCUUUUUAUCAGGCACCAGCUUCCGUUUCAGAUAUCAAGAAAGAGUGAUAUGAUAUAAGAGUGGCCAAAUGCUGAAAUUCGAGCAAAUCUUUGCAUUCCCAAACCCUUUCAAACAGGCAAGAUGUAAAUUUGAUCACAUUAGACCUUCAGCAGCUUCUAAUUCACAAGCAUGUGUACUUGAGACUGAGUGGUGAGCCGAGAGCAUUGUGAGGUAGACAGAGAAAUGUCUGUGGUUAUUAAGGAUUCUUAGGCGAUGUGCAUUAAUGUGUUCAAAAUGGUGGCUAGAGACUCGUGACACAUAUUAUUAUGCAAAUUCACAAUGAAAUAUAUAAUGCGUUGAUAAUGAUAUGUUUCCUUAACGUGUGUCUUUCAAAUAUGCUACACAAAGUUUGUGUGCAUUGAAAAGCAUCUCCCCUAACAAAAUCUGUUCAUUAAAUAAACUAUUUUUUGUUCCUUUGUUUUCCUUCAGGUUACCGAAAGUCGUUUUGUCUCUGAAAAAUAAGAUGUACAAAAGAUUGUUAAUUAAAUAUGUGAUAUAUAUAUUGUGAAAAUAUUGCACCAGCAUGUGUGCUGUUUCUAUCCAUCCAGUGUAUGAGUCAAUGUAUCUGUGUGUGUGUGUGUGUAUGCACUACUACAUAUUUUAUAUAUAAAAAGUAUACGAAUGCAUGAUCUAUUAUAAAUUUAUACUUUGUGUUUAUCAUAGCGAAAACAUUGUUAUAAAGCAUCUUUUAUGACAGUUCAGGUUAAAGUAAUAUAAUUCAAAUUCUCUACUUAAUUGUCUUUAAGUUUUAAUACACGCAUUUUUUAAUCAAUUGCCAUUGAAUUUCAUUUGAAUUUAAUUUAAUUUUGUAAUGUUGUGUCGUCUUUCUUUCAGUUUUGAAACAGGGUGUAUUAAUUAACAUGUCAAAGUUUCUUUUAUGCGAUAACUCAACUGUUCAUUGAGCAGAUUUUUCUUACUGUUAUCACUCAUCAUGUCAAAUAUACAUUAUAUAAGCAUUAUCUGUAAGUUUACAAGUUCGACCAACCAAACGACUUUGUAUAUUUCAUUCUCCAUGGCGACGGUAAAUCCAGCUGCACUUCGAGUUACGGGACAAAAGCCAUAAAUGAAGCAAAAAUUGUUGUUAAUUAGUAAUUUUGUUGUGAAUAUUGUUUCAAAGGAAA